AUAGCGCCGGACGGGAAAUAACUUAAAAUACUUUCAAAACCCCGCUGAAUGUCCGCAGCUCAGGCUCACUGUCAAUACCGAGAACGCUAGAAGCAACACGUCCAAGUCAUUUUUUCUUUCCUCGGCGGAGGGCAAACACAGGAGUUUACCAAAGUCCCUGACGCGCUCCAGCGAUGGUGACUUUACGCACGGGAUUUGAAGACUUCUUGAUCUGACUUCUGUUGUUUUAGUAUUGUUUCCAUUCAGCGCUGAAACUCUUGCCAUCGUCCCUGAGCAAUCUACAGGUUUUUACCAGCUACACGCAGAGAAGUGCCGACUGAGUGGAUCCAGGUCACGUUCAUGAAUUCUAAACUUGGCCACAAGUGAGAAGAGGGUGUCGGAGUUGAAGUCUCUUAUUUCUAAUGAUGUCUUCCAUGCGAGCAACGCCUCCGUUUCCUCCAGCGACAGAGGAAGAGGAAGCGAUGGGCCAGGACAAUGCGGCUUGGGCCGGCGAUGAGAGAGAGGGCCAGAAGGACAUGGGAUCGCCCCCUUUGCAUAACCAGCCCCAUCCGGACGAGCUGCAGCCAAUCAGAGAGAAGCCGACGGAGGCCGAGUGGGACAGCGUAGGGCCCGCUGUGAUGGACAAUGACAGCAGUAAAGGCUGCUCCGUCUACUCCUACCGGACUAACUCUACCUCUCCACCCAAGCCAGAGGAGUGUUCCAGGGAUCGUGGGGAACCCAUGAGUGGCCUGGCUUUUGGGACGCCGGAACGCCGCAAAGGAAGCCUGGCGGAUGUGGUGGACACGCUGAAACAGAAGAAACUCGUGGAACUGACCAAGACGGAACAAGAUGAGUCAUCCUGCAUGGAGAGGCUGCUCUCGAAGGACUGGAAGGAACGCGUAGAUCGCCUGAAUGCCAACGAACUGCUGGGAGAAGUCAAAGGUACUCCGGAGUCUCUGGAGGAAAAGGAGCGCCAGCUUUCCACCAUGAUCGGUCAGCUGAUCGGCCUGAGGGAGCAGCUCCUGGCCGCCCAUGAUGAGCAGAAGAAGAUGGCCGCCUCGCAGCUGGAGAAGCAGAGACAACAGAUGGAGCUGGCCAGGCAGCAGCAGGAACAGAUUGCCAGACAACAGCAGCAGCUCCUGCAGCAGCAGCACAAGAUCAACAUUCUCCAGCAGCAGAUCCAGGUCCAGGGUCACAUGCCUCCUCUGAUGAUCCCAGUGUUUCCUCACGACCAGCGCUCUUUGGCUGCAGCUGCGGCCGCUCAGCAAGGCUUCCUCUUCCCACCAGGCAUGUCCUACAAGCCAGGUGAGAAUUACCCCAUGCAGUUCAUUCCAUCCACAAUGGCAGCUGCAGCGGCGUCUGGACUCAGCCCGUUACAACUACAACAGCUGUACGCCGCCCAGCUGGCCAGCAUGCAGAUCUCACCAGGAGCCAAGAUGGCUCCUCUCCCGCAGGCUCCCAACUCCUCCGGCCCUCUUUCCCCCUCCGCCCUGAAGAGCGAGAAGAGAGCAUCCAGUCCAGUCGCUCAAAUUAAGGAGGAAGGAUCGACGCAGCCACUGAACCUCUCAGCCAGACCCAAGACGGCUGAGCCUCUCCGCUCCCCUACGUCCCCUACACAGAGUCUCUUCCCUGGAAACAAGACCAGCCCGAUUGGCAUGGGCAAGGGGCGCAUCCCCAGUCCCAUCCCCAACAUGGGCAGGAACACCUCUCUUGACAUUCUGUCCAGUCUGAACUCCACGGCGCUGUUCGGGGACCAGGACGCGGUGAUGAAAGCCAUCCAGGAGGCCAGGAAGAUGAGAGAACAGAUCCAGAGGGAGCAGCUCCACCACCAUCAGCAGCAGCAGCCCCAGAGCCUGGAGGCCAAACUGUCAGCCCUCAGCAGCAUGAGCCUCAACAAUGGCAACAAGGAGCGGCUGCACUAUGAGACACUGAGCCAGCAUCUGGGAAAGCUCGGAGAGGAUGCUGGGAAGAUGGUGCACCGAGUCAUCGACCUGACAAGACCAGAAGAUCUAGACGGAAGCAAUGCUACAGAGGCACGGGUGUUCAGGGAAUCGCGGGGCAGGAACACCACCGAGCCCCACAUCAAGAGGCCCAUGAACGCCUUCAUGGUGUGGGCUAAAGACGAGAGGAGGAAGAUCCUGCAGACCUUCCCUGACAUGCACAACUCCAACAUCAGCAAGAUCCUAGGUUCUCGCUGGAAAGCCAUGACCAACCAGGAGAAGCAGCCGUACUAUGAGGAGCAGGCUCGUUUGAGCAAGAUCCACCUGGAGAAGUAUCCCAACUACAAGUACAAGCCACGGCCCAAGAGGACUUGCAUCAUCGACGGCAAGAAGCUGCGCAUCGGCGAGUAUAAGCAGAUGAUGCGCUCACGACGCCAGGAGAUGAGGCAGUUCUUCAGUGUGGGGCCCCAGCCACCGAUUCCCCUUGGCAACAGUGCAGGCAGUGUCGGGGUCUACCCGGGUGCAAUCACCAUGGCGACGACGGCCACGCCCUCCCCACACCUGACCUCGGACUGCUCCAGUAACUCGGCCAGCCCCGAGCCAGCCAUCCCCGUCAUUCAGAGCACUUACGGAGUGAAGGCCGAGCCCGGUGGUGGCGGCGGUGGCGGGGGCGGAGCUCUGGAUCUGCCCAGCGACCCCACCAACGGAGAAGACGAGAUGGACAUGUACGAGGACUUUGAGGACGAGCCCAAAUCAGACUAUAGCAGCGACCAUGAGACGCGGGAGGCUGUCAGCGCCAACUGAGCGUGCUCAGAGUGGCCGCUGCGAAAACAGCUCCUCUACACUCAGAGACCGUUUGUAUCAACACAGUUUAUUGCUGAGACUCCUUGCUUCAGGACAUGUUGCGUCAUGCACAGAGCAUGCCCAGACUGAUACAGGCAGGAUUCUAUGGAUUUUAAACUCGGCGGGCAAGCUCAGAGAGUUGGUGACAGGAUCUUGACAGACGUCCAUUUUGAAGGAGAGGGCUGAUGUGAAUAUACGACCCAGCAAACCUGGAACACAACCUGACCUUCAGACAUUCAGCUGACAAUGAACUUUAAUUGUCCUCACUUUGACAAUCUUAUCAGGAGUGAAUAAGAGUUCGACAAAAGAGAGAGAGGGAGAGAGAGAGAG